AUGAGGUUUCUUCCAGGGCAAGAAGUAGAGAUCGCCAGCAAAGAAGAGGGCUUCAUAGGUUCCUACUACAAGGCAACUAUAGUAACUUACAUCCAGAAUGAGUUCUACCUAGUUCAGUACAGGGAGCUGUUGAAGGAAGACGAGUCGGGUCCUCUGAGAGAGGUCAUCCGAGGCGAGGAUAUCCGCCCCACGCCGCCCGCUAAGUUGUUACCGACCGCCUCAGCCGGAUUUGCGAUGCUCGACAGGGUCGAUGCACUUUACAACGACGGGUGGUGGACAGGGAGGAUAACCGGCAGAGAAGGGUCAACGUACGUCGUGCAUUUCGAGAAUAGUGGAGAGAGGCUAGCUUUCUCUGAUUCUGACCUAAGGAUGCACCUGGAGUGGGUCAAUGGCAAUUGGAUUGCUACCACCAGGAGAAGGAUCCUUCUCCCUCAAAAACAAAACAUAGACUCGUAG